CGUGCGCGCUCACGACAGCGUCGCGGUUACGCAAGGGCGCGUCAACCGGACGCGUUAAAUGCCGCACGCACAAGCUGGACGUCAAACGAGGUAAAAAAGUGGAAGAAGAAUCAGGAAGGCCGGCGGAAUGACUCUCCUGCUCCAAGCCGCGGGCGGCCUGGUGGCCCGAGUCCUCAACAUGUUGACGGACGUGUUCCUCACGGCGCCGCUCGAGGCCACCCUCCAAAUCCUGGAAGAAGCUCAGCUCGCGACGUUGACUGCCGACAAGACGAAGUUGAAGGCCAAGUCUCUGUGGGAGCAGACGGGUGCCGUCAUUAUGGCGGUGCGCAGGCCGGGAUGAUUUCUGUGCAGAGAGGAGGCUGCAGAGCUGUCCUCUCUGAAGCCCCAGCUGGACCAGCUCGGGGUCCCGCUGUACGCUGUGGUCAAGGAAAACAUCGGCAACGAGGUCCAGAACUUCCGACAGUACUUCAACGGGGAAAUCUUCUUGGAUGAAAAGAGGUGCUUCUUCGGGCCUCGCGAGAGACGCUUGGGCCUCCUGGCCUUCCUUCGUGCGGGGGUGUGGAGAAACGGACUCAGGGCUUUUGGAAAGGGUUUCACGGGGAAUGUGUUGGGAGAGGGCUUCGUGCUCGGCGGCGUCUUUGUCAUCGGACGUGAACGGCAGGGAAUUCUACUGGAACACAGAGAGAUGGAAUUUGGAGAUAAGGUCAACACUAAAGAUGUGAUUCAAGCUGUCAGGAGAAUAGAGCUGGAGCUUCUGCCCAUGGAGAAAAAUGUUACAGAGUAACCUGCAUGCAUAGUUGACUUGUGUAGUAAAAGGCUCCCAGUCUGUUCAUGACGGUCUGUUUUGAAACUCUACGGGGCAAACAGACUUGAUACUUCAAAGACUGGGCUUCCUGUUGUUACUCAAUAAAACAUGUCUUGGCACUCGAGAA